AUGAAUGUGUGCAUCAAAAAGGAGAGGUUUUGCAUUUCCAGCGUGGAGCUGUUGGAGCCGCUGACUGUGAAACUAAGACAGCCUCAGACUAUCGAGGCGGUUGCGCAUAUAAAGCCUACGAAGGAGAUGGCACGGCUUAUAAAUCCGAUCAGUCGCGGGCCCGAAAACGUGGUCUUUGGCUGUUCUGUUGUGUGUGCUAUCAAAAUCAAUGGCCAUUCAGUGGGACAACACACAGUGGCUGGAGCUUUGGCCCUAGAGCUGGACGGGGGCCGUAUACUUCGACGCGUGAUGAAAGACGCGGUUCUGGAAAACCUUGAAAUCGAUGCUGAUGGUAGGCAGGUUGUUGGGUUUACAGUUGUGAGGCUAUCAAACGUGGGUUUGGUGGACUACACAGCGGACGCAAUGAGCUGGGAAGUGCUGAUGCCAGGUUGCAGCAAAGUUUCUUCAGUUGCUACCAUUAGCACCGGCAAGUUUGGCCUCCACGAUCCGAUCCUGAUACCCACAAAAUUCACUGUCCCUCCCCUGGAUGAGGACCUCCUGCUUGACUGUGGAGACGGCUCUGCAAUCAGCAAACUGUUGACAAACUUUUCAAGCAACCGAGAGGUUCCGGUAAUUGUCAAGGCAAAGCCGCUGAGCACGCAACCUCAGUGGAUGAGAGACAUUUUUGAUGAUCUUGAAGUCAAUGCUGCGCUAGCUAUUGGACAAAUUGACGACUUUGGCGGCGGUGUUGAAGCUGUGGACAUUGAAUAUCUUGGAGUGCGUGCACAGGGAGAUGCAUUGCUGGUGUCGUCGGACGUUUCGAUCAAAUACAACGUUUCUGAGAACAUUGUUGUGUCGGAUAUUGAUAUACCGUUUGUGAGGGGGGAGGUACAUUGCGGUCCGAACAUAACGACUCUGGAGAUGCGAAACUGGCAGGCCUCGAAAUUGCACUGCAAAAAGCAGACCAUCGGUGUUUCGCUUGACGAGGCAGUGCUCAAGCCGGGAGAUUCUAACCUUAUCAGAGACCUGGUUCAAAAUGUGGCCUCAGGCACCUCAGUAAAAAUACCAAUUCGCCCGUUGCUGGAUAUCCAGGUUGCUUCGGAGUUUAUGACCACGACAAUCACUGGGCUGAGCACAGAACUAGACUACUCUGUGCCUGGUGUUCCUAACGACCAGCUUUUCAGGAGUCUGGACGUCCGUCUCAAUGAGCUUGUGCUACUUGAAUCUUCGGCUAAGCAUUGCGCCAUGGUGAUCAACGCGGCUGUUUCCAGCAACCUAAACUUUGACAGCAACCUGGAGGGACUCAAGUUUGACUUGCAAUAUAAUGGAUCAAUAGUUGGCCGGAUCGAACCGGGUCCGGUCCACCUAUCGCCGGAAAACUACAGCAACACCAGUGCCAAGCUCAUCAUGCAACUCGGCACGGAUAUCGAUAAAUCCCGGCUCGAACGCAUGCUGGGGACGUACCUAUCGGGGCUAUAUCCGGUGAUUGAGGUUAUUGGUCGCCAAGAUUCGCAGUUGGCCGCCUUCGUGGCCGGCAUCGGGGUCCCCAUGCGGCUACCCCAGAUUUCGCGACAGGAAAAUUUGCCGCACCCCGUGUCCCACGAGAGUAUUUUUCUUGUCGACUCGACAAUGCAUAUUAUGUCAUCGGAAAUCGAGCUGACGGUGUUCAACCCGGUGGCGAACAGCGAGGUGGUGGUCGACCUGAUCGAGGCGCAGGCAAGCCACGAUAAAACCAUCCUGGGUUACAUCAGCAAGGAGCAACGAAUAGUGGUUCCACCGGGACUGUACAGGACACCCCGGAUUCCAGUGACAUAUGCGACGAGCGGGAUAGGUGCCGAUAUUUUACGCAAGGCACUGAACGGGCAGCUGGAGAUCGACACGUCAGCCGUCAUGCGCGUCCAUCUCGGCGCGUUUGCCGUCGAGCUGCUUUACUCCGGGUCCGGCACCUCGACCAAGAUCCGUCUGUAG